GACGGAGAAGUAGUAGUAGCGGUUGAAGAGGCGAUCUGAAGCAGCAGUCCAUUUCUUUACAGAUCGGGGAGGCGGAGAUUCAGAAACCAACCUUUUCUCCCUCUCCCCACCGGUGAGAUUUUUUUGAUCUUCAGCUACACUUGUGGCUGUCUGACCCUUGCCAUCAAACACCAUGGCCAGCAAUGUCACCAACAAGACUGAUCCUCGUUCCAUGAACUCCCGUGUCUUCAUUGGGAAUCUCAACACUCUGGUUGUUAAGAAGACUGAUGUUGAGGCCAUCUUCUCAAAGUAUGGCAAGAUUGUGGGCUGCUCUGUUCAUAAGGGGUUUGCCUUUGUUCAGUAUGUUAAUGAGCGAAAUGCCCGAGCAGCUGUGGCAGGAGAAGAUGGCAGAAUGAUUGCUGGCCAGGUACUAGAUAUUAAUCUGGCCGCAGAGCCAAAAGUGAACCGAGGAAAAGCAGGUGUGAAGCGUUCUGCAGCGGAGAUGUACGGGUCAGUACCAGAACACCCUUCUCCGUCCCCUCUACUCAGCUCUUCCUUUGACCUGGAUUAUGAUUUUCAACGAGAUUAUUAUGACAGGAUGUACAGCUACCCAGCACGUGUACCACCACCUCCUCCCAUUGCUCGGGCAGUGGUGCCCUCAAAACGCCAACGUGUGUCAGGAAACACUUCCCGCAGAGGCAAAAGUGGCUUUAAUUCCAAGAGUGGGCAGCGGGGCUCUUCAUCCAAAUCUGGCAAAUUGAAAGGUGAUGAUCUUCAGACAAUUAAGAAGGAGUUGACCCAGAUAAAACAGAAAGUGGAUUCUUUAUUGGAGAGCCUGGAAAAAAUUGAGAAAGAGCAAAGCAAACAAACAGUAGAGAUGAAGAAUGAUAAGUCAGAAGAGGAGCAGAGCAGCAGCUCCCUGAAGAAAGAUGAGACUAAUGUGAAGAUGGAGUCUGAGGGGGGUGCAGAUGACUCUGCUGAGGAGGGGGACCUACUGGAUGAUGAUGAUAAUGAAGAUCGGGGGGAUGACCAGCUGGAGUUGAUCAAGGAUGAUGAAAAAGAAGCUGAAGAAGGAGAGGAUGACAGAGACAGCGCCAAUGGCGAGGACGACUCUUAAGCACAUGUUGGGGUUUUAGAACUCUCGUCCCAUUAUUUCUUUAUCUAGGCGCUUGUCUUUGAUCAAACUUUUCACCAGAUCCUCUCCCUUAGUAUCUUUCAGCACAUGUUCACUGUUGUACCCGACUUUAUCCUUCCCAUGUUCAUUAAUUCUGCCCUGCGCCUAGUCCCUUUCCCACUUCCUUCAGUUCUCCUAGUAGUUACAUUAAGUAUCCUGUAAUUUUGCUCUUUUAAUUUUGAUACCUCUUUAUGACUUAACAAUAAAAAGGAUGUAUGGUUUUUAUCAGCUGUCUCCAAAGGAAUCUCUUGUUAUGCAGGGAGUAAGCACCAGUUCUCUGUUUAAUUCAAACAUGAGACUGGUUGAUACUUCCAGAAGUGAAAAGGCAAUCUCAUUUAAUUCAGUUCCCUGUACCUGAGAACUUUGACUGUUUUCUCUCUACCUAGGAUUACAGUGUGGGGCUACAAAAAUGUAACAGCUUUUUUUUUUUUUUUUUUUUUUUGUGAAUGACAGUUGUUAGUAGAAAUGCAUAAAGAGGUACAUUCAGAAGAGGAAUUAGUGUAUGCUCAUAUUUUUUUUAAAGACUUUGUUUUCUAAAGUUGAUAUUGUGGGUUAUUCAUGUGAAACAGCCUGAUGUUUGAAACUUUUUCUCAAAAUAAAAAAUAUAUAUUAAACCAGGAAUUUGAAGAGGAAAAAA